CCUUUCCUAAUCCAUUCACCCAUUAAUUUAGGGAGGGUUUCAUCAAUCUUGAAGAUUUGCAUCUUUUGAUUUUCUUGAUUUUCUUUUUUUGGUAGUUUUUGUUUAGAGGGUGAGUAGGAACAAAUUUUCAAAAUGCCUCGUCGUGUGAAGGAAGAGGAGAAAGUUGAGAUGAUCAUCCGCGGCCUUCUCAAGCAACCGGACAAUAGGAGAUGCAUCAACUGCAACGCGUUGGGGCCGCAGUAUGUCUGCACAACUUUCUGGACAUUCGUCUGCACAAAUUGCAGCGGAGUACACCGGGAAUUCCAGCAUCGCGUAAAAUCAGUGUCAAUGGUAAAAUUCAGUGAUGAAGAAAUCAUGUCUCUUCAAGCUGGAGGAAAUGAGAGGGCAAAGCAAGUUUACUUCAAAAGUUGGGAUCCUUAUCACAAGACUUAUCCUAAAAGCAGUAAUAUUGAGAGGCUUCGAGAGUUUGUGAAAAGCGUUUACAUUGAUAGAAAGUAUGCCGGUGAUAAUAGCUCCAACAAGCUACAAAUGGCCCAAUCAGAACCAAGAAACGCCUUAUGUGAGUGGCCGUCUGAGAGGUCUCGUUGGGGUAGAAGGGAUGACUAUGUGGGGAGGUCUCCGGGUAGCAGUAGCUGUGGCAGAGACGAGUUUCGUGACCACAGUUUAUUCGAGAGAUCUCUUUCAUCUGGUGGGUUGAAUUUGAAGGAUUUCUUGGAGGAAAGAAGUGCAACAAACAGCGCAGUGAUUCCAAGGUCUAUCAGCAACAGGAACCGUUCCACUCAUUUCGAGAUAAUUGAUGACAGGUUUCGAGAAGAUGGGAGUGUGAAACGCUACGACAGGAACUCUGGCUCUGGAGGCAGGUCACCUUGCUCUAUAAGGAGUGCGUCAAGUCUCUCCCCUGUCAACGCGUUUUUGGGAUGCAAAUCACCCGAUCUACGAGUAGCUGCACUCGAUGAUCAUAAGGCCUCUCCUACAGGUCACGAGAAGAUUGUUGCUGCUGCUGCCUCUAAAGAGAAGGAAAACGAGGCAGCAAAUUCAAUGAGCUUGAUCGAUUUUCUUGAUGCAAAACCACCCGAGGCUAACGAGCAAGUGGCUUCAGAAACUAGCAAUGAAAGCAGAAGCAUUGUUCCUAUGAAUUCAAUUGAGGCUUUGCUGUUUGAACUCUCGGAUCCCAUGCCUUCGUCUCCAGCUAGUGCCUCUGAAACAUCUCUUGCAGUUGCAACUGUGAACAGCGCGAAUAAUGCUACUGAUGUCGAGACAGAAGAAGCACCCGGGGUACCUGACUACCCUGAACCUCUUGCUCUCACUGUCAUGAAAAGUGACCAACCGUUGCAUAGAGACGUCACCAAUCAUGUGAUGCAGCAUGUCCACACACAUCAUAUAAUGCCUCCCAACACUACUACUAUACAAAGCGCUUCAUCCGUUGAAUCUUCAUUGAAUGAGCAAGGGUGCAGAUCACUUUCACCGGAUGAUCUGAGGCGAACGAAGAGCGUUUCAAACGUGCAAUCAUUAGAAGCUGCCAAUCAUUCACCUUGUGCUAGGAAGGAAAUCCCAGAGAAUCUUUUCAGUUCGGGUUUCGUCUCGUUCAAUCCACCAGUCGCUGGAUGGCAGAUGCAUCUGCCUCAUGGAGGAAUGCAAUUCCAUCAUCAUCCUGCAAUGCAUGUGGCCACGUAUCAGAAUCCCCCGAGACCAAGGAAUCCCUUUGACAUUGAUGAUGAUGACAGAAUCCAAAUUCAAGCAGCAACAUUCACGUCUAUGUCACCGUUGCACGGAGCUCAUCCAAACAUGUUGAAUCCAGCAGCUUCACAGCCUCAGCCUUCACCUUAUUAUCUAUCUCCUCAACCAUACAUGACCCCAUAUGGCAUGAACAUGCCUCAAGUUCCUGAAGCUUACAUGGUGCAGCUUCCAAACAACAUGCUUCUUACAAGGCCAGAAGGGAAUGGCAACUUUGGCACAAGCGAAGACGCCUUUGCUUCCCUGAAUCCGAUCAGACGCUCCUUGCCUAGUUCUCCGUUGCCACGAGGAAAUCCAUUCGGAUGAUGGCUUGAAUGGUCGUGUAUUGAGAUACAAAAGUGUGUUGCCAGUGCCAUGAUGCUGUUACACUAAAGAUUAGAAAUGGAGGCAAUGUGACACAUUAUAUGAUGAUGAUGAUGUUGUUGUUGUUGUAUACUCAACCCUCUCCUAUAUAAUUGAAAGCUUUGUUUAUUUGAGACACACUCAA